GAGAUUUUUCCUGAGUGGAAACUAGCCUUAAAAGUAGUUGUAACGACGUGAGAACUAAACUGGGUAUCUUGGCUUUAUAUGAAAGUAUUUAUUUAUAAAUCUAGUAUGCUGGAAUGAUUGAAUAAUCCACUGAUAAAUCUUAACCACACAACCAACAAUGAGGCUGCAAGAAUACUAUCACGUGAUACAUUCUACACGUGAAGUGGUUUUCGAAAAUAACAAAGAAUUUUGGCAAUUGAAUGUCGUCGAAAUGGAUGGGAAGCAGGCUUAUAGAACUGUGAUUUGUGGCAAAACAAAACCUAAAAGAACGUCAAUUAAUAGCUUAUUCCCAGAGAUUUUAACCAUUAUAUUCUGCUACUUAGAUUUACGUGAUAAAGGACGCGUAGCACAAGUAUGUCGAAGAUGGCGUGAUGCUGCCUAUGCCAAGUGUGUAUGGAGAUCAACUCAAGCGAGAUUACAUUUUAGACGAUCAACUCAAUAUUUAUUUCCCUCAUUAGCGGCCCGGGGAAUUCGUAAAAUACGGGUACUCAGUUUGAAAAACGAUCUUAGUUACUUGGUACAUAGCAUGAGUAAUCUGGAGUGUCUAAAUUUGAAAGGAUGUUACAACGUUACAGAUAACAGUAUAACCAAGGCUUUUGUGAAGACUAUGUCGACUUUGACAGUUCUCGAUCUAAGCCUUUGUAAACAAGUGACCGAUACUAGUGUGGAUCGAAUUUCUCGUUUUCUAUGUAACCUGGAGAUACUAGAUCUAGGUGGUUGUUGUAAUAUUACAAAUGGUGCUUUGCUCUAUUGCGCGAAAGGACUUGUUCAUCUGAAACACCUCAACUUACGUAGUUGUCGUCAUAUUUCCGAUCUUGGCAUAGCCCACAUUGCUGGUCUCACUGCUGCUACUUAUGGGAAUAAAAACCUUACCCAUCUUUGUCUUCAAGACUGUCAGAAAAUUACUGAUAAUGCUCUAUGUAAUAUAGCCAAAGGUUUGCUGAACUUGGAGGAAUUAAAUUUAAGUUUUUGUUGUGGUAUCCGAGAUGUCGGUCUCGCAAAUUUGGCUGGCCUCAAACAUUUGAAAGAAAUAAAUCUGAGAUCGUGUGAUAAUAUUGGAGAUGAAGGGAUUUCAAGUUUAGCGGAUGGAUGCUCAAGUUUAACGAGUUUAGAUUUAAGUUUUUGUGACAGGAUUGGGGACGAAGCAUUGAAGCACAUCUCGCACAGUCUGUAUAACCUAAGACAUCUAGAAUUAGGCUCGUGUAGAAUUACAGACGAAGGAUUAUAUGCUGUUGCCAGAAACUUACAAGAUAUUCGAGUUUUGAAUAUUGGACAGUGUAACAUGAUUACAGACAAAGGACUCGCAUAUAUAGCGGAAAAUCUACGAAAUGUAACAAGUAUUGACUUAUAUGGUUGUACGAAAGUCACAAAAAUUGGUUUGAAUCAAAUUGUCCAGAUGCCAGAACUGCGCAUAUUAAAUCUUGGCCUUUGGCAAAGGUAAUACAAGAACUCUAUUGUUUGAGUGUGUUUCAAUAAAGCAGCAUGAUGAAACGCACUGCCUUGAAUGCCUUGCCAACAAGAGAAAUUCAGUACGCUCCUUAUAGGAGAAAAAGUAUAUUUUGAACUAAAAUCAGGAUUUUUACAGAAACAUUUUUAAAAAUCAUGUACAUAGCAGAAUCUAUAAUUUUAACACAAUGCAUUGUAGGCUUUAAUGCCACAUUAGUAUAAAUAUGGUGCUGUAAAUAGAUCUAUAGAAUGCUACCACCAAGUACUAAAUUGUAAAAAGAAAAACUUUAUGGGGAAGUAUCACACAUUAUAUGCUGUCUGGCCAAUAUAAACCUCAUGUCCGAGGUUUUCUUUUGUAGUUUUGGCCCAGGGCACAAACAGAAACUCUAAAAGGAGAGGCUCUAGGUCUGCACUUGGAUACUUGUCAGGUUUUGCCAGAUUUUACUGCUUGGUGUCGUAGGUUUUUGCAGAUAAAAUUGCCUCUUCCUGUUUUAUGAAUGAAGUUUAAUUUUUUAACAAUAAAUAGUGGGAAAUUGAGUUGGAGACUCAAUUUCUCAGGGUCAUGUGAGAUGUGAGAAAAAUUCUUUUUGGAUAU